AUGGAUACAACCACGAAGUCGUCUUCAGGAUAUAUAAUUGAAUUUAAUAGAGAUACUGGCCUUGGUCUUAUACAAGAUGACACGACGAAACAAGUUUUAUUAGUUAAGUUCAACAGUUUCAAGAAGCGUUCAAGAAGAUACUUAACAAACGAUAAUGAUUUCCUUGGUGAACUAUUUGAUUUUGACAUUAUUGCAAAACAGAACAGUGAUAAUGAUGGUAUUGAUAAAUUCGAAGCAGUAAAUGUUACACAUCGUGUCCUAAAAUGUAAUGUUGAAGGAUGUUCACGAAUUAAAGCAUUUACCAAUGUGAAAGCAUUCGAAAAUCAUAUAAAUAUCAAACAUAUUUUAAGGAAGAAAAAAGACGAAGAAACAUCUCAGUCCUCUGCAAUUGUGACUAAAAACUCGAAGAAAGUGCGUGGUCCACACCCUGCGUCAAUCGUCAUCAAUCUAUCAUCCAGUUCAACAACAGCUACUAUCGGUAAAUUCAUCGGUAAACACGGUGCUAAUCUCAAGCCUUUUCAACAAAAAAAUCAAGUCAAACUUCAGUUAAUCGAUGCUGGAAAAGUGUAUAGUCCAUUACAAAUUCGCAUACAACCGAAUGUCGGUGUUAAAGUUGAUAUCAAGUCAGUUAUUAAAAAGUUAAAAGCUAAAUGGGAACAAUGUCUACAGGAACAUGAGGCAUAUAAAAAAAUACUAGCAGAACGUUUUAAACUUAAACACACAUCCACCGAUCGAGUUAUUGUUGAAUUUGAAAGCGACCCUAGAUAUAGAACUGAUUUUAAAUUUCUUCGUAUCAACCGAUUAAAGCGACAAGAAUUGUUACAACGAACAAGAUAUCGCCAAACAGAAUCGUCAGUAAGAGUUCAGGAACGUCAUUCAACCAUCAACCAAGAAGGACAUCGUUCAGAGGCAACAUGUGACGGCCAGUAUAGACAGAAAUCGUCUUUUAAUUAUUCCCAGCCAAAGAAAGUAAAGAAAAGUAUGAAAGAAAAACAUUGGUUGCUCAAUGAACAGUUAGAAGAUUUAGAGUAA